AUGGGCGCCCAGGAAAUCCCUGCCCGGGGCGGCUCCCCUGCCCCUCCCGUCACCACCAAGCACGACGCGUCCGGCACUGGCGAAGCCCAAAGCGGCCCCGUCCGCUCCCCGGCCCCGGAAGGAAGCGACCGCCCGGUGGAGGAGGAGAACUCCCCCGCGGAAAUCCCUUGGUACGAUAAAAUUGAGAACAUAGAUGAGGGCUACCGCCUGUACUUGAGUUGCAUACGCAUGGUGAAUGGCCACCAGAUGGUGGUCGUGCCGGAGGGCGGGCUGGACGCGAAGCUGGUUCCACGGAAGAAGGGUGGGGAGGAAGCGGCUUCCCGUGCUACUUCAGGGAAGAACGGCUGCGGCUUUGGGAAGAAGGAGGAAGGGAAGGGGAAGGUGGCGGCGAUCGCCACGGGUGGGCCUGCGCUGAAGUCUCCCGUGGGCGAUUCCGCUACGCAUCCGCAAAAGAUUCAGAAGGAGAGGAAGAAUGGAUGGAAAAAUGGUGCUAAGAAGAUGAAGGUGGCGGAGAAAGAAGAGAACCCGUCGGCAGAGCCGCAUCUGGAAACACUCAGCACUGCGUGGGGGAAGGGGAAUGUGGAGCCGAAGCUGCCUAUGGAAACACUGAAUACUAUGAAGAGGAAAAGGAAAUCAAGUGAUGUCCAAAAUGCUGAGUCUCGCACUGCUUCAAUGUAUCUUGUACCACAUAAGAGUCUACAAAUAUGCUAG